CAGCGAACAGCUGAACUGCGAGCCAGUGUCGUUCAAGAAGUUGAGCAAAUGACAUCUCGUUUGUAUCAGCUGAAGGACCAACUGAAAGUCUGUCGGCAGCUGGCACGAGAAGGGGUAGUGAGUGUAACAAGGCCUUGCCAAUCACCACAUCUUGCGGCCCCUCCUUCUCUACUGCCUUGGUAUCAUGUAGAGGGCUUAUUGCUAUCUUCAAACCCCGACGAAAGAGGUAAACUGCUUACUCUCUUCCCUUCUCCCAUCACUUCUGCUGAUGACUUCAACCUGGACGCCGAACCAGAUCAAGUCUCGCCGCAGAAGGCGAUUCGCCUCAUAAAUCAUGAAAGACGCAUCCUGCAAUGCAGAAUUGCUUCACAAAAAGCCGCAUCAGCCAAUCUUGCCCGUUUACAAAUUUUGGCUGAUCGAACUUAUGCCAGCUUGCGUGAUUUGGCCGCAGAAAAGCGUCAUCGGCUGGAAGAGAUAUUGGCACUAAAUCUGCUUUAUGAGGAAAUCGCUGACCUUGAGGUGUGUCUAUCCUUUCUUUCUCUAAUGGCAUAG